AGUCCUUUUUCACACAAUCAAUCCCUUCUCCCCUCUUUCUCUCUCACUGUACCGUCCAUCUAUCAUCUGUCAUCGACUCAUAGCUCAUAUCCUUUCUUAACAAAAAGCAUUCACUCUUCCACCUAACACGUCGCCAAUCUGCGAACGAUUCCAUCCGGAUCUUCUCAUUCCUUCAGGAUAUGAACUUAGGUCUUGACGUCUCAGAUCUAGAGUGAGAUAGCUUGUUUUAACCUCUACAUUAAGGAUCUCUGCAAUUUCUGAGUAAAGAUGCAGAGGCCUCCUCCGAUGGAAGAUUUUUCUCUAAAAGAGACGAAACCUCACCUUGGUGGUGGUAAGGUUACUGGUGAUAAGCUUACCAGUACAUACGACUUGGUUGAGCAAAUGCAAUAUCUCUACGUUCGUGUCGUUAAAGCAAAGGAUUUACCUCCAAAAGACAUGACUGGAAGUUGCGAUCCGUAUGUGGAAGUUAAGCUUGGAAACUACAAAGGAACUACUCGUCAUUUCGAGAAGAAGAGUAAUCCUGAAUGGAAUCAAGUGUUUGCUUUCUCGAAAGAUCGUCUUCAAGCUUCCAUGCUUGAAAUUAUAGUUAAGGAUAAAGAUUUAUUGAAGGAUGAUUUCAUUGGCCGUGUUUGGUUCGAUCUUCAUGAGAUCCCUAAACGUGUUCCUCCUGAUAGUCCUCUGGCGCCACAAUGGUAUCGUUUGGAGCAUAAAAACGGGAAUAAAAUCCAUGGAGAAUUGAUGUUGGCGGUUUGGAUGGGAACUCAAGCUGAUGAAGCAUUUCCCGAUGCUUGGCAUACUGAUGCUGCGACUGUCGGAGGCUCGGACGGUUUAGCGAAUAUGCGAUCCAAGGUUUAUUUAUCGCCCAAGCUAUGGUAUCUUAGGGUUAACGCAAUUGAAGCUCAAGAUUUAAUCCCAACUGAUAAAACUCGAUUUCCUGAAGUUUUUGUUAAGGCUGUUAUUGGAAAUCAGAUGUUGAGAACUCGGAUUUCGACUAGUAAGACGAUUAAUCCAAUGUGGAACGAGGAUUUGAUGUUUGUUGCGGCUGAACCGUUCGAUGAUGCCUUGAUCUUGAGCGUUGAAGAGAGAGUUGGGUCGAAUAAGGAUGAACUUCUCGGGAGAUGUGUGAUUCCUUUGCAGUAUGUUGAUAGGAGGUUGGAUCAUAAACCGAUUGUUUCGAAAUGGUAUAGUAUUGAGAAGCAUGUUGUGAUUAUGGAGGGCGAGAAGAAGAAGGAGAUGAAGUUUUCGAGUCGGAUUCAUAUGAGGAUUUGUUUGGAGGGGGGUUAUCAUGUUCUCGACGAGUCGACUCAUUACAGUAGUGAUCUUAAACCUACUGCUAAGCAGCUUUGGAAGCAGAAUAUUGGGAUUCUUGAAUUGGGUAUUUUGAGUGCUCACGCAUUAUCUCCGAUGAAGAUGAAAGAAGGGGGGCGUGCGACAACCGAUGCUUACUGCAUUGCGAAAUAUGGGCAGAAAUGGGUUCGUUCGAGAACCAUUGUCGAUAGCUUUACGCCGAAGUGGAACGAGCAGUACACUUGGGAGGUUUUCGAUCCUUGCACUGUUUUAACUAUAGGUGUGUUUGAUAACUGUCAUUUGGUUAACGAUAAGAAUGGGGGAGGAGGGGUGAGGGAUUCGAGGAUCGGGAAGGUUAGGAUUCGGUUAUCGACGUUGGAAACAGAGCGUGUUUAUACGCACGCGUAUCCGCUCUUGGUUUUGCAUAACUCGGGAGUGAAGAAGAUGGGGGAGAUUCAGUUGGCAGUUAGGUUUACUUGUUCUUCACUUCUAAACAUGAUGAAUACUUAUUCACUUCCAUUGUUACCAAAAAUGCAUUAUAUUCAUCCGCUAACGAUAUCCCAGCUCGAUAGUUUGAGGCACCAGGCGACUCAGAUAGUCUCGGUUAGGCUUAGUCGAGCCGAGCCUCCGUUGAGAAAAGAGACAGUGGAGUACAUGCUCGAUGUAGGAUCCCACAUGUGGAGUAUGAGGAGAAGCAAGGCGAAUUUUCUAAGAAUAAUGGGGGUUUUGGGCGGUUUGAUUGCGGUUGGGAAAUGGUUCGAUUCGAUAUGCAAUUGGAAGAACCCGAUCACAACGGUUCUGAUUCACGUUCUGUUUCUGAUACUGGUUCUAUACCCCGAGCUGAUUUUACCAACGGUUUUCCUCUACCUGUUUUUGAUCGGAGUUUGGUACUAUAGGUGGAGGCCGAGGCACCCUCCUCACAUGGACACACGUUUGUCGUGCGCUGAUAAUGCCCAUCCGGAUGAGCUUGAUGAGGAAUUCGAUACGUUUCCGACUUCUCGUCCGAACGAUAUUGUUCGAAUGAGGUACGAUAGGUUGAGGAGUAUUGCGGGGAGGAUUCAGACUGUGGUUGGGGAUUUGGCGACUCAGGGAGAGAGGUUUCAGUCGCUGCUGAGCUGGCGGGAUCCUCGGGCGACGGCUCUGUUUGUGAUGUUCUGUUUAGUUGCUGCGGUUGUUUUGUAUGUGACGCCGUUUCAGGUGGUGGCGCUUCUGAGUGGUUUUUAUGUUUUGAGACAUCCUAGGUUUCGUCAUAAGUUGCCUUCGGUUCCACUUAAUUUCUUCAGGAGGUUGCCAGCGAGAACAGACUGUAUGUUAUGAAGGGAAAGACAUAGAAUCAGCUUCAAUGUUUGGUUGGCCCUGGAAUUUGUUUGUUGGGGAUCUUCUUCUUAUUAUUAUUCUCUUAUGGUGUGUAAUCUAUCUAUCAGUCUAUCUUAAUAUUCAAUCUUUGUUGUUAUGAAUUUGGAAUGCUUUGAUUGUUAUGGAACUGGGUAAUAUGUGUAAUGUAAAUCCUACCAUGGACAUGGUUUUGAGUUGAGACUCUGAAAUGGCAUCAAAGCUCUCUCUUUUAGAUCA